GUUGGUUAUGGAAAUACUCUCUUUGUCUCUCUCUUCUUCCUUCCCCUGAAAAUCUCUCCAAUUCUUUGAAAUUUCAAAUUUUGCAACUCAAAACAAACUCAGGUCAAAUCGAAAGCACUUCAUCAUCGUUUUAUGGUUGGAUCUGGUAGGUUUGGGAGUGUGUAGAGAGAAGAAUCCAUGGCGUACAAGGUCGACCACGAGUAUGACUAUCUCUUCAAGAUCGUACUGAUCGGAGAUUCUGGUGUGGGGAAAUCAAAUAUUCUUUCGAGGUUCACGCGAAACGAAUUUUGCCUGGAGUCUAAAUCCACCAUUGGUGUGGAAUUUGCAACAAGGACUCUUCAGGUAGAGGGGAAAACGGUUAAGGCACAGAUAUGGGACACAGCAGGUCAAGAAAGGUACCGAGCUAUCACCAGUGCUUACUAUAGAGGUGCUGUUGGUGCACUCUUGGUUUAUGACAUAACCAAGCGGCAAACAUUUGAGAAUGUUCAGAGGUGGCUCCGUGAACUGAGGGACCAUGCUGACUCCAAUAUCGUCAUCAUGAUGGCUGGGAACAAGUCUGACCUGAAUCAUUUAAGAGCAGUCUCAGGGGACGAUGCUCAGAUCUUAGCAGAGAAGGAGGGUCUCUCAUUCCUUGAGACUUCAGCAUUGGAAGCACUCAAUGUAGAGAAGGCAUUCCAGACUAUUUUAUUGGAUAUCUACCACAUAAUAAGCAAGAAGGCUCUGGCAGCUCAGGAGGCAGCCUCUAUUACCCUUCCUCAUGGCACCACAAUUAAUGUUGGGGACCUUUCAGGUAAUAUGAACAAGAGAACUUGUUGUUCUACCUAACAGGAUAUCCUCUUUCUGUAAGAGAGGAAAAAGGGAAGCUAGCAUGCGCAAACAACUUUGUUCCUUGUGACAGACAUGUGGUAUACUUUCUACCUUGUGGCAUGUUUUCCUCUAGAGCCCAUGUGAAAAGCAGGUUUCUAAUUCAUAAUAACCAUAGCUUGAAUUGGGUUUGACAAUGUUAGUGCUAUCUUCUUUUGACUCAGAACUCAAGGGAACCAUGAGGGACAGUUGUGAAAUCAGGGUCUCUGUAUAGCCAGGAGAUUAAUGAAAGACGCAUUUGUGAAUGUAGUUGCUUUUUCUUAAUGCCCUAUCCUACAAAAAUUAUUGUGUGGUUGACA